AUGGCGUCUCGCGAUCCUUCAAGUCUUUCCCGGGACGAGGAACUCUUUCCAUCUUCGCCAGCAACUCCCAGACCAUCUGAGAAAGCACACGGUUUGCUAGAGAUACUCCCGGACAAGAUUGACAUCGAAGAGGAGGCCCGUUUGUACGAUGAGCUCUGCGAUUCGCCGGUACAGACUCCAUCGUCUCGUUCGCAUUCUCCAGUCCAGGCACCCUCAGUAUUCUCACGAGACAUAUGGUUAGCCGACAACACAGGCGAGAGUCAGGCCUUUGCUCGUGAAGUCGAGGUCGUAGGGUGGACGAGCGUCGGCGACAAGCGUGGUGGAGCUUACAUCGUAUAUGACUGCGCCAUCAAGACAAAGGAGGGCACCAUGAUCCACGUGCAUAAGCGGUACAGUGCCUUCGCUGAGCUCUAUGCAAGGCUACGCGCUACAUUACCUGAGGACCAGCAUCACUCCGUACCCCACCUCCCGCCCAAGACCCCUUGGGCGAAAUUCCGACCUACCUUCCUCGACCACCGAAGGCGAUUGCUGCAGCACUGGCUGUCAGCUGUACUCCUGCAUCCAGAAAUUGGCGGAUGUCAGGCCAUCAGAGAGUGGGUCAUGAAUUGA